CUCCUCACCCACCUGUCGCGCCCACCAUGUCCGCGCCUGCGUCCCAGGGCGGCGCCCAGAGCGUGCGGCUGCAGACGACGCAGGGCGCCAUCGUGCUCGAGCUGUACGCCAAUGAGGCGCCGCGAACCGUGCACAACUUCGUGACGCUGGCUCAGCGCGGCUAUUACAACGGCGUGGUCUUCCACCGGUGCGUCGUGCGUGACUUCAUGAUCCAGGGCGGCGACCCGACGGGCACAGGGCGCGGCGGUGCGAGCGUGUACGGCAAGGCGUUCGAGGACGAGAUCUCUCCGGCGCUGCGCUUCACCGGCGCCGGCAUUCUCGCCAUGGCCAACAGCGGGCCGGGCACAAAUGGCUCGCAGUUCUUCAUCACUUUGGCGCCGACGCCAUUCCUCGAGCGCAAGCACACCAUCUUCGGGCGCGUCUCGUCGGGCAUGGAGGUCGUGCGGCGCCUCGGCCUCGUGGCAGUCGAUGCAGACGACCGGCCGAGGGAGGAGAUCAAGAUUCUCAGCGCGCAGGUCGUGCAAUGAAGCCGUGGUGGUCGGACGUGCAAUGCAGCUCUGUGCCAUCAAGCCUCGCUGCGAGUCUGACAGCGCCGCUGCUCGAGGCAUGCCGCGCGGCGACUCAACUGGUGACUGCCAGGUAGACUGGCACGUCGCUUGGCCAUGCAGCCGGCUCCCCCACGCUCGCUCUUCUGCGGCACCCCACAGCGGCGUGGGUGGCGUCUUCGCGCGUGCAGCACGCAAGCCGAAUGGUUUGCAAGAUAUGUUUUGUCUCCGCCUGUCGCCAGUGCGACGGGCGGUGUUCUCAUCGCGCUCCAGUGUGGAGCCCGACAAGGAAAGGGU